UCCAAACUCAGUUUGUAGGAAUAAUUAGAAUUUUAUAUUGUAGAAAGGAGAUUUUGUGAUUAUAGAUAAUCAAGUUUCAAAGUUCCUUCCAUGAUGUCGAAAUUGGAUGUUCAACACGAUGGUAUUCGCGAUCGAUGAGGCUUGUUUGAUAUGAUCUGUAUCGUUAACGGGAGAUAUCGUGAUUUUCGUAAUUUAGUAAAAGAAAUAGUAUUUCAAUGUGAAAAAUGUUACUUUUUCUCGGGGAAAGCUGCACCUCGCCGAUCGUGCGAUCCAUAAUUGCUAUUACAUCGUGAGUUUCGAAAUUUUGGACGAAACUCUGUCAACUAUAACCUAUGCAGAUUAUGUUUAUGCUCCUGUAUAUAAAUUCAUUCUCGUAGUUGUUAAGGAACUUUACAAUCUUCCAAAAUGUUGGAAGGACUUGUCGCCUGGGUAUUAAACAAUUACCUUGGGAAAUAUGUGGAAAAUUUAAAUACCGAUCAACUGAGUAUUGCCUUAUUGUCUGGUGAAGUUGAAUUGGAAAAUUUGCCAUUAAAAAAGGAGGCUUUGCGUCAUAUUGGGUUACCGAUAGAAAUAAAAGCAGGGUUUAUUGGUAAAGUAAGAUUACAAGUACCUGUUCGUCAAAUAAGGACAGCUUCAUGGGUCAUAGUGAUAGAACAACUUUACUUGGUAGCUGGACCAAUCAGUUUAGAUGAGUUUGAUAGUGAAACAGAGGAGCAGGCAAUUUUAGAGUAUAAGCUAAGUCGAUUAGAUUCAUUAGAAGCCAGAUGGAGAACAGACACAGAACGAGAUCCUGGUUAUUAUGCUACUAGUUAUAGUUCUUGGGUAAAUUAUGGCACUUCUUUGAUCACGAAUAUUAUUGAAAACUUGCAGCUCAAUAUCAAAGAUGUUCAUAUAAGAUAUGAAGAUAGCGUGACUUUGCCAGAUGAUACUGGCGUUGCACUUGGUGUAACUAUAGGAGCUCUAACUGCACAAAGUUGUGAUGCCAGUUGGAUACCAGGUUCCACUUCCUGGAAUCUUACAGAUGCUUCUUUCAAGCUCAUGGAACUUGACAGGCUUUCCAUUUACUGGAAUCACUUGAAAAAAGAUGAAUUUCUUGGUUCUCUCAAUCUCGGUGAUUUAGCUAUCGCCAUGAGCGAACCAAAGAAUAUAAUAAAGAACCAUAUUUUGUUACCUGUUAAUGCGAGAGCUCAUAUUAAGAGAGAUAGAUCUGAGCGACCAUUAAGAUCUACGAAUAAACCUAGAAUGAUUGUCGAUCUUUUAUUAGAUGAUGUUCCAUUAUGUCUUACAGAUGUACAGUAUGAUCAAAUAAUUAAAUGUAUAAGAGGAUUAAAAGAUAUAGAACGUCGUAAGCAACAGAGAUCUUGUCGUCCAGUGAUUAGCGUGUCGGCUGCACCAAAAGAAUGGUGGAAGUACGCGGCAAGGUGUCAUCUCGGCAAAGAUGCUCUGAAACCUAAACCAUCAUGGGGAGAUAUUUUUCAGAGAGGCAAAGAAAACAUUUUGUAUGUGGAGAGUUACGCUAAAUUGCUAGGCACACCAACUACUACUAUUUUAUCUACAGACAUGAAACAGUUAAAAGAGAAGAUAGAGCAGGAACGAAGUUUUGAUGAAUUGAGAGUACUGAGGGAAAUAGCAAUGUAUAGAAUCAAUCCACCGAAAGUGCAUCAGAAUUCUGAUGUGAAUGUACCACAACCUAGAGGAAUGUUGGAGCAGUGGUUUCCACAGUGGUGGGGCUGGUAUUCAAAGAGUUCAAAUACGAACACUCAGAGCACAUCUUCUACGUUUGAUGGAGAACUUUUAGAUGUUCUGGCAGACACCAUAGACGAUGACACUUUGUUACGUCGAGAUACAGUGUUUGGACAGUUCAAUUUCACUCUUUCGAAAGGUGCUUUCUCCCUUUGCACGAUGAAAAAUGACGGUGAGAAUAUGAAAGCAGUGAUAGAGCUGCAGUUUGAACGAGUGAACUUGAGUUACGAUUCGAGACCAAGAUACGGAUCUCACAAAUUCUUCAUCAGUUUGGGAGCCUUGUAUCUUCACGACUAUCUCACAGAAAAUUCUACUUUUCCCAUUCUGGUGCAGCCCCAAAUAAUUCCUACAAUAAACUCUAGGGUACGCAGCUCUUCAGAAAAACUAACCAAUCAAUUGCCUCAACAACUUUUUGAAAUGACUUACGAGAAAAGACCGUUGCACUCGAAUGCCGAUCACUUGUUGCAAGUGAAUUCAAAGUCCUUAGAUGUAGUUUACAAUCCUGCGGUGAUACACUGGCUUAUAGACUUCAUGAGUAAACCACACAGACCAUCAACCAAUCAAAAGUUUCAAGCGAUGAAGCGGCGAACCCGGAGACAACUUAUCAAAAACUGGGAACAGAUUUUGGACGGAGAUCUGGUAUAUCGUUCCUCCUGGGAUUUGCAAUUUAAUAUAUCUGCACCACAAAUUCUGCUAGUUGAGAAUUUUAUCGAUCCUAAUGCCGCGGUGGUAGUCGUUGAUUUCGGAAAACUCCAUUUGUCGAACAGCAUACAGGACAAGGCAAUCAUUAAAUCAGACUCUCCUGAACCUAACAGCGAUGACGAGGACGAGAGAUUCGAGACACCUUGCUCGACACCGCCCGGAAGUCAAGAAAACGGUUCUAUACAAGAUUUUCAGACCAUUUCCGAGACGGCGUUGCAUCAAAAGCUGUACGAUCAUUAUUCCAUCGAUCUGGUGGAUUUGCAAAUUCUUGUAGGAAAGGUAAAGGAUAAUUGGAAACACGUGCGAACCAGGGGGAUGUCUAGCUUGCACGUUUUAGAACGUUUUAACAUAUCCUUGCAAAUUGAACGAAGAGUGUUCGUUUCCUCUGAUCCGAAUUUGCCGUCGGUGACUGUGUCUGGGAAUCUGCCGAGAUUGGUGGUCCAUGUCAAUGAACAGAAGGUGGAAGCAAUUAGAUUGAUGUACAGCUUGUUGUCCAGCUUCUCGAAAUCCAGCGGCAUUUCUCAGGCUGAUAUGAUCAGUAUAGAACCAAAGAGUCCCAAAAAAGAAGAGAGCCUAGAGAAAUCUGUGAGUCAUGCGGUCAUGGUCCAAUUUAUCAUUGAUCAAAUGACCUUCGAAUUGCAAUCUAGAGGUCGCAGUGUGGCGGAGCUGCAGGUCUCUGGGGUUCGAGCCGCCUUUAGUAAAAGAACUGCAGAUAUCAGCGUUUCCCUCUCUGUUCAUGGUUUGCUUCUUGUCGACGCGCUUCAGGAAUUCGGUCCUGAUUUUGAAUUAUUAGUGGCCAGUCACAAACACGUGGGGAUGGACAGCAUUUCUGGGAGCCUGAGAGAUUCGGAACCAACGUCCCCUGUCUCCCCAGUUUCUCCCGGUUCUCCCGAUCCCAAUGUACCGAGGAGAUUGACCUCUCCAAUUGCUUUGACCAAUGCUUUGUCAAAUCUAGCGAGCAAAGCGAAGAGUGCUCAAUCGCCUAGAAGUAAUUCUUUGAUCGAACUGGAGAAAAUGGAUUCUGAAGCUCUGAUAGUAGUUGAAUUAACUCUGGUGUACGACACAUUGGAGGUUUUAAGAGUGGCCAACAUUCAAUUCAAUAACUUGGAUAUUAUUGCCAAUCAGGAAACCAUAGUAGAACUCAUGGGAUUCUUUAAAAGAAUAUUCCCUUCUCAAAGAAAAAUGAAGCCAGGAUACAUCGAGAGACAAGAAUCCCUCUCAAACCAAACCACCGAGCCAAAAGUUUCCACCAGGACGGAAAUAACCUUUGAUUUCCACAGAUUGAACGUGCUUCUGUUAAGAGCUGUAAUGCAGGACAAUCACUUGGUAGGUCAGAAAAUCGCCACAGCCACGAUGUGCGACGCUCGUAUACAGGCUACCUUAUCGGUAAACGCAUCCAUCUCUGGUUCACUUGGAGGCUUACAAAUUUUGGACCAGACGUCAACUGGUAAAACGCAUCAGAGGAUUGUCAGUGUUGGAAGAGAUCCAAUAGCUGACCCACCUCAACAUCCGUUGGAACAUUUUACUAAUCUGUCUGAUCAGCCGGAAGCUUUACGAUUCUCCGCAAAUCGAUGUACCAAACCAUGCGCGCAAGAUGGAAUGGAAACCUUAAUAGACUUGACUAUUCGCAUCGGCAGUGUUUGGUACACCCACGCUCCUCAUUUAUUGUCGGAAUUACGUUCUUGUGCUGAUGAGUUCAAGCAGUACUUGAGCAAGGUUGCACGGCAGAUCAGCGCAGCUGCUACAGACAUGGCCAUAGGCCUGGUGAACGCAGAGGAUUGGUCCAUCCCACCGCGUAGACGGCUACCAAGUCUGUCUAUAGAUCUGGAAAAUUCAGGAAGCCUAUCCUUGAAAUUGGAUCUCCUGUUGAAUAGUCCUGUUCUGGUAAUUCCGCGCUCGUCUCACAGUAGACAAGUUUUCGUUGCACAUCUUGGCACUAUGUCCUUGCAACACGAGCCUCAUCCGGGCCCUAUGGCGAAGCACAAAGUGACUUUGGAAGUUCGAGAGAUGAACCUGUACUCUUUGGAGAUAUCCUCCAACGUGGGACAAGCUCACAGCAAUCUCCCUUUAAGAGCCGAGGAAAUAUACUGUUGUAAGAAAUCAGGCAAGCCAAUUCUGCACGACACCGUGCUGAGAGUCGUGGUUGAAAAGGAGAAUACGUUGGCGCAAAGCCCCAGUUUCUUUCUUGACAGUGAAUUUUCUAGCAGUCCUAUUGUCCAAGUUCACGGGGUCGUGAUGACGCCACUGAAAGUCUCCUUGUCCAGAGGUCAAUACGAACAGUUAUUAGAUACAACUAACAGACUUUUUUCCAUGCCAGUGUCCAUACCUGUUGUUCAGAAGUCUCAAACGAUGAGCAAGGUACCGAAUUAUUCUGAUAAACUUGAUCUCUCCAUCAAGGUUUUAUUCGAAUUGCCCACUCUAGGUGUAGAACUGAAACAGGGACCUCUGGAACAGCCGUUAGUUGAAUUAUCCAUGAGGGAUUUCGUGGCGAAAUAUGAGAAGCUGCAGAAAAAUGAAUCCACUGUCCAAGUUGCCCUACGAUCCCUUCUCAUGGAGGAUCUUCUGUGUCCAAUCGGCUCCAGGCACAGAUGCAUGAUGCAAUCUUCAGCUCCAACUCGCGCCAAACUUCUAGCUGGAGUCUCCAAGUCUUGUCCUGACUUUGCAUUUGUACAGCAGGUCAGAAGCGAAUUUGGACGGGGGAGUUUACCCGACAGAUUGGAGACUGAUACCUUGUACGGAACAAUCCCGGCUCACUGGCGCAGGAAACCAGUCUCUUUGGCAAACACGCCAAAUACUCCGCCGCCGUCACCCGGCGCGUCGACCAGUGAAGAGAAUCUCGUACUAAUGAGCAUCACCAUAACAGAACCGGAUUGUGAUCUGCCAGCAGAGGGCCAGUUUCACCAGAAAACCGUUACCGUGGAUUUUAAUUGCUUAGAUUUGAUCAUUAGCGUCGAAUCUUGGAUGGUGGUGUUCGACUUCUUUGGAUUUGCCGGCCCCUCGGGCAACAAUCCUAAAGUUGCAACGCACCAGGCUUCCAUCGACACGGAUCAGCCAGACAAGGGGGAUGAUCUACCUCUGCGGUCGGAAACCGAGAUAGAAGUCAGGUCUUUAACGUUGGUUUUGAUACAGUCUGAAAGAGAAAUUGCUAAAGCCAAUGUGUCCAACGCCAGCAUGCAUAUCUUGAAAGCAAAUAGCAAGACCAAGGUGUCAGGAUCCUUGGGGUCGAUGUCUCUGCUAGAUUUAACGCCGCACGGGAGAUUUUACAGGGAGAGAUUCCUCUCCUCUGGCAGGAAAGCCUUGAAUUUUCAAUAUUCCAGCUACGUUGAUUCCGAGAAACGACCUUACGACGCUCGAUUAAAACUGGAGAUGUCCGCUGUCCAUUACGUACACACACAAAGGUUCGUGGCAGAGCUUCAAGCGUUUUUUGGCCAUUUCUCUCAGCUUUGGACCAUCAUGGCUAAUCUGCGGGCCGGUGUCGGCGCCGUAAUCGACACCAACAAAAGAAGCAUAAGAUUGUCUUUAGAAUUAGAGGCAGGCGCGCCAGUAAUUCUGUUACCAGUUAGUUCCAGGUCAGACGAGCUGAUACUGUUGGAUCUAGGGGAGCUCACCGCUCACAAUCGAUUCGAGGUUUCAGAAGUGAUAGACAAAUGCAUGCUGGACAUAAUGUUCCUCGAGCUUGUUAACAUGGACGUUUACGCGGCUAAACGGAUCAAGUGUGACGAUAUGAAGAACGGCGAUAUGGAUGCCUUGGUUGUCGGUGGUUUCCAGAUUAAGAAACUCGGCUCGUCGUUGCUCACCGAGAUGUGCCAUUUGAAAUUACGCAUCGAGAGGAACUUGGACACGUACGUCAGCAGGGAGAUCCCAGAUUUGAGCAUUCACGGAACUCUGUCCACGAUGGAUUGCGCAUUAGAUCCUGCUCAGUACAUGCUGAUUCGUGGUUUGCUCUCCUACAACAUCGGCGAGAAUCUGGAUGACCUGCGUCAAUUCAUGCAGGAUCUAAACGGGACUGUCGAGUAUUCGAUAGUCAGCGUGGACAACAAGGAGAGAAUUUGGAAGAGGUCGUGCAUAACUCUGGAAUUGGUAAACGUUACGGUGAAGCUGCACCCAAAUCACAAUAUCGCAGCGUUGGCUUGCAUUAAUUUUAUAAAAUCUAGACUGACGUUGGACUCAUUGAACGACGGUUCGCAGGAUAUUGACUUGGUCUCGCAGGAAAUACUAAUUACGGACAUGAGGUUCCAGGAUGAACCAGUUGACAAGCAGUCCAACGUUUUCACGAGUAUCCUGCAGCCUCUGAGGAAUUCCAACAACGAAAAUCGUGUUCAGGCCGAGGUGCAUCAUAGAAGGCGUAUAGCAAGCGCGGCCACGACCAUUCUGGUCCACAGCAUGCGCCUAACCGCGAUAUUAGAUUGGUGGGAGGCUGUCAGGGACUUCCUGAUGCUGAAUUCCAUAGAACCAGAACCGAUUCUUGGAAUCACUCAGAUAACCACCGAAAACAAUCAAGAGAACGACAGUAACGCUUUGAUUGCAACACCGUUCGAAUUGAAGAUUAAUAUCACCGACUCGGAAUUAGUUAUCGUGGAGGAUACGUCAGUUCGCGAUACAAACGCUGUUAUACUGAAGAAUACAGCGGUCCUUUCCUACAGAUCUGUUCCCCAGGAAGGUGAGAAGCCCCUUUCUUGCAAUCUGUCACAUUGCGAGCUGUUCUCAUGUACCUUAGGACUAGAGGAGGAGACCGCUCUGUCUAUAAUAGAUCCUGUGGGCGCCAGUUUAGAUUUAACAGUAGACAAGUGUCUCGAGAUACAGCUACAACCUCUGUGCGUGAGAUUAAGCUACCACGACGUGACUAUGUUCUCUAGGAUGCUCAGCUCUCUGCCGAAACAGACUCUCGUAGCCAAGCAACGCUCCAUCGAAGCGUUGACACCUACCGAGAGACAAGUGCAGAAAUUGAUGGCUCUGGGAUUUACCGAUGCCGAUUGCAGAGCUGCUUUGGAUCGCUGCAACGGCCAGCUGGACGAGGCAGCUUUAUGGUUGACGCAACACGCGGUGCCUAAUUCCGACACCAGCACGAACAACGAGUUCGUCUUUCACACGCUCGAGGUACAAACGUCGUGCGCUACGAUAUGCAUCAUAGACGACUGCAGAGACGCCGAUGUACCAUUGCUGGAGAUCUCGUUGCAAGACCUUAAUUUGAGGCAAGAACGCGUGGGACCUGGCACAGUGUCCGCCACCUUCAGCAUUAAUUAUUACAACAGAGUUCUCAGUGGCUGGGAGCCGUUCGUCGAACCAUGGCGUUCCACGCUCCGAUGGGAGCACGUAUUAACUAAUUCUCUCGAUGCGACGAGGCUGCAAAUGUCCGUGGACUCUCAGGAUUCUGUUAACGUUAACAUAACUUCAACGUUGAUAGAGCUGAUAGAAUUGGUGAAGAACAACUGGAUGCAGGAUUUCUAUUCAACUUCCAAUAAGGAUGUUAAUUUGAACAAGGCGAGCAACGGCCAGUCCUAUCGGCGUCGAAUGCCUUUUGUCCCUUUCGCGUUGAGGAACGAAACCGGCUGUAAAUUGUGGUUCAAAACGAUCAUCGCCACCGCGGACGACGCGAAGAACGUGGGACAGAAUUUCAAAGUCAAGAAUGACUUUCAAAAGGACGACACGUGGCUCGAGGUUCUUCCAGGCGAUACCGUUCCGUUCACUUUCGAGGGAAGAGGCAAAUUGAGACAUCACACCACGCAUACCGUCAGGAGGCAUCAGAUUACAGCAAUAGUGGAUGGCUGGAGACCCGUGGAUCCUGUCACUGUCGACCGCGUUGGAAUAUACUUUCGACACGCAAGUGCAAACAUUACUGGCGUACAGAUAGAUACGACGCUGAUUCUAACGCCAAAGGCUAGGAUAGUGUUCGCUGUCGAACUAGAAGGAUCAGCUAGAAAAUUAGUAACCGUUAGGUCAGCUCUGCAGAUAUCCAAUAAAUUGAAACACACGGUGGAGGUCAAGAUGGAGAAAUCUUUGAAUCUCUAUGGAUAUAUGCCUUUAACUUCGUCUGUUAGCGACAGAAUUCUUCAAGUACCUGCCCAGUCCACGAUAUCGGUCCCCCUAACGCACACUGGUGUACAAAUGUGUCUGAAACCCAUCAAUUUAAACAAUUUAUUUCAAUACUGUACAGAGACAAUAGAUUGGACUGUAGUUAAGAAACCAUUAGAAAUUAUAGAAAAUCGUAUGACUUGUAGGGCUAAUCAUAACAAUAUAUUUAGAAUGUGCAUAGCAGUGAUGAGAGAUAAUUAUCCAUUGGAUAUGAGUCAAAUGCUGCCAGCACAUACUAUAACGGUGAUGGCUCCUCUUACGUUAACUAAUUUAUUGCCUCACGAAUUGUUAUUCGAGAUCAGUCCAGAGAGUGGUAGAAUUCUACCUGGUGAGAGUGCUGACUUGCAUUCUGUAAACGUCGAAGAACAACUAGAAAUCACAGUACAGCUAGAUGGAUAUCCUGGCUCGGGCACGAUGUUGUUACUACCAAGUACCAAUUCUUUCACCGCUCGUCUACGGCUGACAGAUUCUUGCGGAAGAAUAUUAUAUCUGCACGCAGCUGUUAGCAUAGAGAAAGGCUCUGCCAUACAAAUCAACAUCACUGCGCCUUACUGGAUUAUAAAUAAAACUGGCUUACCACUGGUGUUUAGACAAGAAGGAGUUGGAAUUGAGGCAGCGGGACAAUUCGAGGAAAACGAGAAAGCCAGAAUGGUGGCGCCUUUGUUAUUUUCCUUCAGCGACGAGGAAGCUAGUAGAACUAUGUCAGUGAGAAUCGGUACUUCGGUGCAUCCCCAAGGAAUCCCACAAUGGUCUCAACAUUUUCAUCUACAACCUGGAAUACAGGUGCAUCGUCUUAGAAUAUCUCUUCGUGACGGCAGGCCUGACAUAGUGUAUCUAAUUAGUGUCGCUACCAGGAUAGCCAGAGGAAAAUACAGAGCUACGAGCGUAGUCACGUUGUCCCCUAGAUAUCAACUGCACAAUAAAUCAAGUUCUACCUUGGAGCUAGCCCAGAAAUGUUUUACCACGACAAUCAGUCAUCCAGAUGCUCAAGCCACAUAUAUUAAAAUUAUGCCUAAUUGCCACAUGGCAUUUCACUGGCCACGUCUUGACAAAGAUUUGUUGCUAUGUGUUCGCAUUAUGGAUGUUAAAGACUGCAUGUGGUCAGGCGGUAUCAAAUUGGAUGAUAAUUACUCAUUGACAGUUAAUAUCAGGGAUUCGACAGGAAAGAUGUAUUUUCUUCGAGUGGACGUGGUUUUACAAGAGAGUACGUACUUUAUAGUGUUCACUGAUGCAGACACUAUGCCACCACCUAUAAGAGUGGACAAUUUCUCAGAGGUGCCUUUGAUAGUGAAUCAGGUUACUGUGCACGACAACUUGCAAUGGACUGUCAGGCCGCAUUCCUCUGUACCAUACGCACUGGAUGAAUCAAUAGAGUCUGCCGCUUUAGUUCUGACUGCACCGGGAGGCGUGACAGCUACGUACGAUUUGAAUGCACUUGGAGAGGGCAGAGUUCUGACUUACGAGAACUUCAUUUACAUUGCUUUCACGGGAACAUUUAAAACUGAUUGCGAUCUGGGGACUGGAGAGGGUGGUUUAGAUCCUCUAGAUGUUGAAACACAAAGACUAGUUUUAGAAGCUGGUCCUGGUGGUUGGGUUGCUCUGCGGAGGAAACAAUAUGGAGCUAGAUCUCAGCUAUGGAGAAUGACUGGAGAUGGUCAAUUGCAGCAUGAAGGAUCUAGUCCACCCAGAGACAAGCAUUCAAGGACUCCGGAAACGGUGUUAGUGUUGGACAUAGCAGGUACAGCACCUCAACCAUUUACCUAUUGUGCUCUUGCCUUAAGGAAACCUGAUUCUCGAAGAAGAUCCACGCAAACUUGGCGAUUCACUGAUGAUGGACGAUUAUGCUGUGCGCAUAAGAAUAUGUGCCUACAGUCGAAAGAUGGAUUCAUGGGAUUGCACGAAGGGAGCGAAGCGGUAUUAGGUCCUCAAACGCACAUUAGCCCUCCUCCGAUCGAACAACGUGUUGGUCGACAAAAGUUGAGACCAGGUUCUGGUUUUUUAUCUGUUACGGUAACCACUGACGGUCCAACAAGAGUGCUCCAGGUUUUAGACAUCAAAGAAAGGAAGAAGACGUUCGCUCUGUUGGAAGAACGUGACUGGUCGCACAUUGCAAUCAGCCACCGACCCACGCAAAUAAACAGCGACGCAGAGAAGGUCAAUUCCAAAGAGUUGGAAUUGAAAGUCAACUUAACAGCUGGCUUAGGGCUGUCAAUUGUUUCUCGAAGACCGGUUGAGGAGCUGUUGUUUGCUCGUCUGGCUGACAUCUCUUUGGAAUUGGUUCAAACGCCUGUUAACACUACCGUAGAUUUGAGCGUGGAGGACAUACAAAUUGAUAAUCAACUGUUUGAGGCACAAUGUACUUCUGUUCUUUAUGUAACACGACCCAGUCGAGUCGAGAGUGAGCACAGGCCAGCUAUACAUGUGGUCGCGGAGAAGUUGAAAUCGAAGAACCAGAAUGCAGAGAUAUACAAGCAUGUGGUAGUGAGCAUCAAGCCACUUUGCAUACAUCUGGAAGAGAAAUUGAUACUGAAAUUGGUUGCCUUUGUCGGGGCGGGAAGGUCGGAGUUAGAGACACCUGUGGACGAGAAUGACUUCAAGGCUCAGAGGUUUAUCUCCGAGGUAUCUGCUGCACACGCAAAACGAUACUAUUUUGGUGCUUUAAAGAUCGUUCCUAGUCAGGUAAAGUUAAGUGUACUCACUACGACGAAAUUGCCGCGUCAUCUUCAGUUAGUAAAAAGACAAUUAGGUUUAACGCUGAUCAAGUUUGAGGACGCCACCAUUGAGUUGGAGCCAUUUAUCAAGAAGCAUCCGUUCGAGAGCACUCAGUUCUUAGUACAUUCCAUUGUGAAACAUUAUAAGGAUGAUUUGAAGUGGCAGGCUGCGGUGAUAUUAGGAUCCGUGGACUUUCUGGGCAACCCUCUAGGCUUUGUGAACGACGUCACAGAAGGAGUAUCCGGUUUAAUUUACGAAGGAAGUGUGAAAACUUUAGUGAAGAAUGUUACACAUGGGAUAUCGAAUUCCGCUGCCAAGGUAACGGAGUCUCUUUCCGAUGGAUUAGGAAGAGUCAUAAUGGACGAGAGACACGAGGAAGCUAGACAGAGAAUUCGAGCUAAUACGGCAGGUAGUGGUGAUCAUUUAGUAGCCGGAUUGAAAGGUUUCGGUUUUGGGUUACUUGGAGGAGUAACUAGCAUCUUUAAACAAACCUACGACGGAGCAACAAACGAAGGAUUUCCCGGUUUUUUCGCUGGGUUUGGCAAAGGGGUUGUCGGGACCAUCACGAAGCCUGUUGUAGGAGUUUUAGAUCUUGCCACGGAAACUGCCACUGCCGUGAGAGAAACCAGUAGAAGCGCUCAUCGCACCAUACCAAAACGUGAUAGACCUCCUCGCGUGGCUAGUGGUCCUGCUGGUCUGCUACCACCUUACAACCGUCAGCAAGCGGAGGGCCAAGAAUUUCUUUACAUAAUAAACGAACACAAUUAUUCUGAAUUAUUCGUGGCGUACGAGUGUUUACGCAGUGGAACGGAGAAUCUGAGAGUUCUCGUUUCUAACGAAAGGGUCCGCGUGAUUUCCGGUGGUACCAAAGGGGUCGUAACUGAAGUGAGCCUGGCGGAUCUGUUAUAUUGCCAACCGACGCAUAAGCUAGAAAGCAACGGUGUCACUUUGUACUACAUUGAAUUAAUAUCCAGAUCUGAUUCGACAAUAACUGUCAAUAUAGACGGCCCAGAGCUUCUGAGGAGACCUAAAGUUCGAUGUGACAACGAGGAAGUAGCCAAAAGGGUUCCUUUUCUCAUGCAACAUUGACAUUUUCCAAAAUUAAAAAAUGACGAUAUUAAACAUCCCUGCUAUCUGCUGAUAACGUUAUCAGUGGUGAUUCCACAAACAUGGCAUCUUUCAUGAACACUUGAAAUGUCAAGCUGUUCAUCAGAAUUUCUCGAAUAAAUACAAUUCAUUAACGUAAUCAAGGAUUGUCGAUUGAAAGGGAAUACCGUUCCAAGCGUAUUUAAAGGAUCGUUUGAACUUGAUACGGUGAACAACGAAAAAACAACGGAAGUUCAUUUGACAGAAGAGACAUAACCUAUAAACGAUGGAUGAAACGUACUUCGACGAAGGACCGGCGGGAAAUUUCGAAACAGCCACGUUAGAAAUCACCAAAGAACUCGAUACCAACGAGUUGAACAGUCAAAACGCCGUUUCUACUGAAAUUGACACUGCAAAGAAGAAGGAGAAUGAGACAUACAACCCAAAUCAAGUUCCAUCAUCGAGAGAUGUGUCUAAUAUUCCCUUCAAGCACAUAGACAUUCAUUCCUUUUUCUCUGACAGAAAUGAAGUUGUUGACAGAGCAUUAAAGGAUUGCCAGGAAAGUUUAAUAAAUGAAGAAGAGAGGGACAUCAUUGGAAGCUGGCUGUUAACAGAAAUAAGUCUAUGGGAUAUCGAAAAGGAGAGACUAAUAAUACUUACAAGAAAAGCCAUUUAUUCGAUAAAGUAUGAUUUCAUCUCUUUAAAAAUACUAGAAUACAACUGGAUACCUUUGAUACAGAUUGAUACGCUUGUCUCUGGUGAAUUAGUUUAUCCUUCUUCAUCUUUAGCACCACGAUUAAGUGGAUUGGCUGAAGGUGUAUCGUCAAUAAUUCAUUGCGCAGGCCGUCAAGAGUGGUCUUCUUUUGUCUCUUGUACAGGUCUUGCACAGUUUGAACCUAGAAAAAAGUACAUGUCUGGAAUAAGAAUAAUGUGGAACAAGGGCACUCCGUUACCAUUAAUUAAGAAAUGGAAUCCAUUUGCAAAGGAUAUACCGUGGCUUACCUAUGCUAGUCAUCCGUUAUUUUGGUACAAAGGUUCAGAAGCAGAGAAAGCAAAAUUUAGUGUUGAAGGUUUACAAUCGUCGAUUAAAGACCUUUUGUCAUCAGACUGCAUUGUAAGAAAUGGACUUAUUGUUAUAGAAAAUUACUUUGGUGUAGGUGCCUUAGUACAUAAUAGAAAUGGAUUAGGUUUCUUUAAAAUUCGCGGCAAAGUUAGUUUUUAAUUUGGUCCACAAAACAACUGAAAUUUUCAUUCAAAAUUUCUCUAAAACUCACAUUCCAAUUUCUGAAGCUCUGAGCUUCUAUUUAUAAAUCUGAUGGUAUUUACAAUGAAAUAUUAAAAUUAGAGAUACAAACUCAUUUUAUCUACAUAGGAAAAUUCUCAAAUAGAUUGCUAUUUACCAAAGAUUCUAAUAUGCAACAUUAUUAAGCAUAUCGUAUAAAUUCUACCAUGUAUGAUAUAAAUAUUUUUACUCAGUACCUGGCUAACAAAAAGCUAAAACUAGAUAUUAAACAUAUAUACGUCAUACUAAGUCGUUUACAUUUCUAGAUGUAAAACUAUGUUUUAUAAUUCACUAUGGCAAAGAUAAGGCAUUUAAUCUUUCUUUAUAAUAAUAAAUAAAGAUAAUUCUUCUCUAAUACUUAAAAGAAAAGCUUCUUU